UGCAUAAACCAGUCGUUGUCGUCUAUAUUUAAGGUUUUUGUUGUAAAACUUUUAGAGAAGUACCACAAGCUACCGUAAGAAGGUCACGUGAUACACUUAACGUCUCCGCCCUGCAUAUCUGCAAAAUGGAGGACCAUGAGGCGAAAGAACCAGAACAGCUCCGAAAGCUGUUUAUCGGAGGUCUGAGCUUCGAAACCACAGAGGAGAGUUUACGGGCCCAUUUUGAGCAAUGGGGAUCUCUGACAGACUGUGUGGUGAUGAGGGAUCCUAAUAGUAAACGAUCCAGAGGGUUUGGUUUCGUAACUUACUCCUCUGUAACUGAAGUUGACGAGGCCAUGAAAGCGAGGCCUCAUAAAGUCGACGGGCGAGUUGUUGAACCCAAGAGGGCUGUGUCCAGAGAGGACUCUAACAAACCUGGAGCACAUCUGACAGUGAAGAAGAUCUUUGUUGGUGGUAUCAAAGAGGACACAGAGGAGCACCACAUUCGGGAAUAUUUUGAGAAAUACGGAAAGAUUGACUGCAUCGACAUCAUGGAGGAGCGAUCCACAGGAAAGAAGAGAGGAUUCUGCUUUGUGUCAUUUGACGACCAUGACACUGUGGACAAAAUCGUCGCGCAGAAAUUUCACACAAUAAACUUUCACAAUUGUGAAGUCAGGAAAGCGCUAUCUAAACAGGAAAUGAAUGCUAUAUCCAGUAACCGAGGAAGGAGCGGAGGAUCAGGAAACUUCAUGGGCAGAGGUGGAAAUUUUGGAAGCGGCGGUAACUUCGGUCGAGAUGGCUACGGAGGACGCGGUGGUUAUAAUGAUGAUUUUGACAAUGGUCCGGGAGGAAAUUAUGGCGGUGGACCUGGUUAUGGAGGUGGCCGAGGGGGUUACGGUGGUGGCGGUCCAGGCUACGGAAACCAGGGCGGUGGAUUUGGUGGCAGCGGUGAUGGAGGUUAUGGAGGCAACCGGGGAGGAUAUGGAGGGGGUGGAAAUUACAACGACUUUGGAAAUUAUGGUGGACAGCAGUCAAACUAUGGGCCAAUGAAGGGAAAUAACUUUGGUGGCAGAAACUCUGGUGGACCAUAUGGUGGUGGCUACAGCUCCGGAGGCAGUGGUGGAGGCUACGGCUCACGGCGGUAUUGAACGCCGCAUGUUUUCGGCUUCAGUUCUUAGCAGGAGAGGCGAGGAGGUGAGCAAAGGAAUUGUCAGGAAAGCUGCAGGUUACUUUGAGGCAGUCAUCUGAAAGCAUUAGAGGAACACAGAAGUCAGACUUAACUGCAGCUAAGUCGGAGAAGUUAAAGGAAGAAGGACUGUAAGAACAAGACAUGAGUGCAGAUGAUGCCCUUCCCUAAUUGUGCUAGAUGUUUCCCUGCUGAGAAAGUUUUUCCUUUUUUCUGCGUCUAAAGUGUGUGUGUAUUGUGCCUAUGGUAUUGGGGAUAAAAAGCAAAAAAAAUUUAAACUUCAGUCCUACAUUUUUUUUUUACUUUAAUUUUUUUAUGGCUUGGUUUUCUGCCAGUCAAUUAUUUGUCUUUAAGUUGUUUUUUGUUACAUCAGGCCUUUAGAUGAGCUAGAAUUACUUCUUUCUGAAGUUAUUAUGAUUUAUUGAUUGCAAGUGUCAAGUGUAUUUUAAUUUUUGUAUGUAAAGCACAGUAUGUAAAUCCUUCGUAGUACCAGUGUACAAGUAUAAAGAGCCUAGAUUAGAACCAACAGAAUCCCUUACUCCUUAUGUUCCCAGCAAACCAGAAUCUAGAUUGUUCACAUAUUUUCAUUAGAUAAAAAAAGACAAAAUAAAAUUGUGUAGUAAAGUAACAUGAGGUUCGGUGCAUUAUUGGUUCAGCAAAGAUUUAAAUAAGCCACAGAUUAUUGUUUUUCCAUGUCAAUGAAAUGUUGGUGUAGCCUGUCGAAAUUAACUGUGGAGGUUUUAUAAGUAGUGUUUUCUUUCCUAUUUUGUCCCGUUACAACUACGAACUUGCAUGUAUUUUGUUGAGAUUCUGUACUAUACACCAACACAAAGUAGUACAUAAGUGUGAAGUGUAAGAAAAAAUAUUUAUGGUUUUUGGGAAGUUUACAUACCAAAAAUCAUUUUGAAAAUUGUGGCAUUCUUUUGUGUUGAACCCCAUCUACUCUCAGAUCCUUAAAUAAAAUAAUCGAGUUCAAGCCGUUGCCUUCAGAAGUCACCGAAUUAGUAAAUAAGAGUCCGCCUGUGCCUAAUUUAAUCUCAGAUGUUCUUUGAUUGACUCAGAGGUCCGUAAGGAAAUAUUUGUAAUAAAUCAGCAUUAUGAACACCAAGGAGCACAACAGACAGCUCUGGGAGAAAGUUAGAAAACAACCCAAACUUCCUCUGGAGAAGAACUGUUAAAAUCUUUAUUUCAAAUUAGCAAACCAGUUAAGAUGUGGCAAUUCACCUGAACUAUUAAGGACUAAUGAGACCCAUGGCUACUCUGCAGGAGCUGCAGCAAUCUAUAGCCCAGGUGGGAUAUCUGUCAACAAGACAACUAUUAGGCUACAUUCACACUGUAGGUAAAAGUUACCCAAAUACAACUUUGACAUCCUGAACAGCAUAAUUAGAUUUUCUUCAAUUAAUCGUCAAAAUUUCACAAUAAGGUAGAGAGCUGGAAGAUCAGAUGUAAACAGACAAAACAGGUUUGGUAGGCACCACUGAUGGAGCUUAUCAGGAUGUUGACAGUUAUUAUUGUGCAACGUUUUCAGAUUGUUGUAGAGUCACGUUGAUGUGUACUAGCCAUCUUUUAGAAUGCAGGUCACUUGAGGAAUGUUCACACUGAGUUCUGAUGGCAGCCAGAUUAGAAUUAUAACAUGUACAACGACUCGACGAGCGCUGUUGUUGAAAAUAAGCCAUCGGAAGUCUCAUUUGUAGUUUGCCUUUAGCCAUUUAGCAUGUUGUAAAAACAUAAGUGCAGAUAAGACAUUGUGUUCACAUUCAAAACCACAUAUGUGGUGUAUCACCGUGAAAUGUGGUGGCAGCAUUAUUCUGGAGUGACGCUUUUCUGAAGUGUUUGAAAGGAAGUGCUGUAGAGGGCUACAAAAGGCUUGACGGUGGUUUACCUUGUAGCAAGACAUUAACCCAAUAACAUACAGGUAGAGUAACAAUGUAACAACUUACAUUAAAGCAGAAUGACCAAAGUCCAGACCUUAAUCCAGUUGAGAAACUGUUUCUAAAACUUGAAAAAUGAUGUUCACAGAUGCACUCCAUGGAGUCGGAAAAAGCUUGAGCUUGAUUUUCAGUAUCUAGAUGCUCAAAGCUGGUGGAUAUACUGUAUCGCAAAAGAUCUGCUGCUGUAAUGUCAGUAAAAUGUUCUUCUGCAAUCUAAAGACUUGGGGAGGAUAAAUACAAAUGUACUACACUUUUCAGAUUAUUUGUCAACUUCACCAUUAUGAGUAACUUUGUGUUGGCCUAUCAGCAAUCUAAUAUAUUUACUCUGGAAUUUGUUGUUGUAAUGAGACAAAAAGUUCAAGGAGUAUCUCUUUGGGUGACUGUGGUGUAUAUGUUUCCAUACAGUGUGUAUUUCCUUCUUAAUGUGUAUAGGGUUAAUGUAAAGGGAGGUUCUGACUCUAGAAAACAGCUCAUACAAAUGACAGUGUUUGGAGAGGGGAAUAGGACUGAAAGCUACAACCUCCUGCAGUUGGGCCCUCAGCAUCGCUAGUGUGGAAGGAUUGCAGAUGACUGUCAGACAGAACACCUUCAUCCCCCAGCACAGUGGACCAGUCAGCAAUUUGAGAGAGAAGGGAGAAGGCAGCACGGAGCACAACACCCACGGAAGAAGCUUGCAGUGUCGUUCCUGGUAGUGAGCAUCUAUCUCGUUUCCAAGGCUAGCUAAGCUCCUCAGCAGAUGGUGCUAGCGAAGAAAGACUUAGGUCCUGGACACACUCGAGAUCCUGUUGAGUGAGAUACAGAAGUUUAACCUUCAAAUGCUAGAUGUCAGACAUUAACAAGAAAAGGGAAGCGAGUAUUUCACAGAAAAAGCUGAUUCGAGAAGAAGGAGCAGGUAAGAGUAACCACUUUGCUUGAUUUACAGAUGUGGAAAUGGGCAUUCUCUUCUUGCUGAAAAUGCUGUAAAGGCCUGAUAACAUGGGAGGUUCUGGAUGGGUAAGACAUUUUUUGACAUUAUCAAAGGUUUUCCAAUGUCAUGUAUUAGUGCUACUUGUUCUGACUAGUCAUCUUAUAUAAAAAUGUGUCUUAAAGAAUGUUGCCCAGUGUUUGACUUUUGUUCACCAAUUCUUGAUGUUUUAUUACACUUUAAUUGUCAGAGAUCCUAAUAGCGAUGAAACACAUAAUUUGUUGGCCAAAAAAGGAUACUUUUCUUUUAUAUUCAGUCAAUUUUAUCACAAUUGUACAAAAGAGAACAUGUUUGAACAGAUUAGCUUACAUUUUGCUAACAUUUGCCAAGGUACAGUUGAGAUUAAAUACACCAUGAGUAUGCUCAGUCUUUAUGUGUUUGAUCUAAUUCUAAAAGCAUGUUUUAGUUUAAGAUGUAAACAGCAAAAGCAUCCCAGUAAAGUAAAAUUUUGCAACAUAAAAACUAGUUAAAGAAUCAAAAGGUCUACACAAGUGCAUAAAAAAGCAAUGGACAGCAUCAAUCUUAUCACAGUGUGAUAUAUAAGGGAAUAUAUAUCACACUGAUAUAAUAUAAUGUAUUUUGUUAUAUUGGCCAACCCUACUCAGGUAUAAGUGGCAACAGUUUUUGUUGUAUAGAUGGAUAACAAUUUCCGGGGAAUGUUACUUCUAGGUAUUAUUAUUAAAAGAUGUGUUUACUUAAGUAAUGUUGAAUCUUGAGUUGCAAACCAAACACAUCAUGCAUUUAAAGAUUGUCAGUCUUUGGAACAAAUUAAGUAAUUAAAUUUGGUGCUCAGUUUCACUUAGCUGGCCAAAAACAGCACUGACAUAUUUGUAUGUUUAAGUUCACAAUAAUCCCUAAAAGAGCCCUGAAACAUCAGUAUGCCAAACAGGUCCAGACUGAUCGUUGUUUUGACAAACCUCUACGUGCAGCUCUGAGCCUGUGCUUUUAGAGCGCUAUCUGACUGGAACAACCUGUUCUCUUGUUACCAACAAUAUUUCCCAGCUCCGCAACAGCACGACAGUGUUUACCAACUGCUCUGAUUUUCAUGUAAACUGUGAUGUGUUGUGUUCAUCUUAAUAAAAGGUACUUUUUUUCUA